UUCAUAAUAUAAGCCUUCUAAAUUACAAAGUUACUAAAGUCUUUUUCUUAUUAAAUCUCAAUGGCUUCUUAUGCUAUGUCUCUCCAAUCCAUCUCUAUGACAAGUCUCAACAAUCUCUCAUGUAAUAACCAACAAUCUCAUCGUACCUCUCUUCUCGGUUUCUCUAAAGCCUUCCAGAGUCUUGGGAUCUCAUCUAACGGUCAAGAUUCAACUCCCAAGAACCUCACUAUGUCUCGAGCUCUCUCCAAGAACUCUGGAGACACCCAACAUUCCAGACCAAAUUCAGGUAAAGUUCAAGAACUAAGCGUGUACGAGCUCAACGAACUAGACCGACACAGUCCAAAAAUCCUCAAAAACGUAAUGAGCCUAACGUUCGGUCUCGGAGACCUCGUCCCAUUCACCAACAAACUCUACACCGCAGACCUCAAGAAACGCGUGGGAAUCACCGCCGGUCUCUGCGUCGUGAUACAACACGUCCCUGAGAAGAAAGGUGAUCGGUUCGAAGCUACUUACAGCUUCUACUUCGGAGACUAUGGUCACCUGUCCGUACAAGGACCGUACCUGACCUACGAGGACUCGUUCCUCGCUAUUACUGGUGGCACUGGAAUCUUUGAAGGUGCCUACGGACAGGUCAAGCUUCAACAGCUCGUGUAUCCGACAAAACUGUUCUACACUUUUUAUCUUAAGGGUCUUGCUGGUGAUUUGCCGGCGGAGCUCACCGGAGUUCCUGUUCCUCCGUCGAAGGACGUGAAGCCUGCGCCGGAAGCUAAGGCAUUGAAACCUAGCGGAGUUAUUAGUAACUUUACUAAUUAAAUUCAUAAAAUUAGUAUUAUUUGCAUGUUUGUGUCUUUGUAUAAUGAUAUUUUUUUUCAAAGAAUAAAUAAAUAGAAAAUUACAAUCUAUUGUUAGUAACUUUACUAAUUAAAUUCACAAAACUAGUCUUAUUUGCUUCUUGUGUCUUUGUAUAAUUUUUUUUU